UUGUGUUAAGACUAUGGCUGGAGGGAAUCGUGGAAUGGGCCGUAGGGGUAGACCACCCCUAAGUGGACGAGUUGGGGGCAGAGUUCCAUUAGUUGCCAGGAGUGAACCGAUCAACCGAGAUGAGGUUGAGGUUGGAGUGGAUGAAUCAUUGAACUCGUCAGCAAGGAACCAUGGUCAGCAUGAUGUGAAUGUUGGCCAAACUCAACAAUUGGGGCAACAAGAUCAGCCAAGCUUUAUGGAGAUUAUGCAGACUAUGGCAAGGACCAUGGCUGAACAACAGGAGCUAGUUAAGUCUCUAGCAGAGCAACAGGCAAAGGUUAUUGUAAAACAGCAGGGAAAGGUUUCAACUUCACAACUUGUCCAAAAGGGAGGCCUAGCAGAGUUUGUCAAACUAGCUAAGCCUUUCUAUGGUGAUUCAAAAGAUCCAUUGGAGGCAGAAAGUUGGAUCAAAGAAAUGGAGAAGACUUUUCGAGGGCAGGGUGUCACAGAAGAGAAUAAGGUGCCUUAUGCAGCAUACUUGUUGAAAGGUGAUGCAAACAAUUGGUGGGAGGUUGAGGAAAGUAACCUUACUCCCCCGAUUGACUGGCACACCUUCACAAAGGCAUUCUUGAAGGAGUAUAUGCCUGAAAGUGAUAGACAUGAAAUGCAACAAAGAUUCCAUACUCUUGACCAGGGUGACAAAACGGUGAAGGAAUAUGAAAAGGAAUUUAAUCGCCUUUUGAAGUUUGCCCCAUUAACUACUCAGAAGGACGAGGAGUCAAGGAGGUUGAAAUUUCUUUAUGGACUUAAUCCUCACAUUUUGUCUGAGGUUCAAAAAUUUGAAGUAAGUACUUAUUCUGCAACACUUAACAAGGCUAAAGUGAUAGAGCAGGGUCAUAAAGUAAUUAAGGCAGCUGAAGGUAGUAGCAGUGGAACUAAGAAGCAGAAAUGGUCAGGCCCUCAAGGUGGGAGAAGCUUUGGAAAUCAGAGUUUUACUUCAGAUAAGAGGCAAUAUACUGGAUAUUCUGGGGGAGCUCAAGUGUUCUCCAAAAUUGACUUAAGAUCUGGAUACCACCAACUAAAGAUCAAGGAGGGUGAUAUUCCUAAAUCAGCCUUUCGGACUCGUUAUGGUCAUUAUGAAUUUCUUGUAAUGCCAUUUGGGUUGACUAAUGCCCCUGCAGCCUUUAUGGACCUAAUGAAUAGAGUAUUCAAAGCUUAUCUGGACAAAUUUGUGGUGGUGUUCAUCGAUGACAUUCUAGUGUACUCAAGAAGUAAUGCGGAGCAUGAGGAACAUUUGAGAUUGGUGCUUCAAAUUUUGAGGGAGAAGAAGCUUUAUGCAAAGCUUAAGAAAUGUGAGUUCUGGCUAGAUAGAGUAGCAUUCCUAGGACAUGUUGUGUCUAAGGAUGGAAUUUCUGUGGACCCUGAUAAAGUGAAGGCAAUAGUGGAAUGGAGCCAACCAACUAAUGUGACUGAAGUUCGCAGUUUCUUGGGUUUGGCAGGGUACUAUAGAAGGUUUGUGGAAGGAUUUUCCCACAUAGCUAUGCCAUUAACCAAAUUAACCCAAAAGGAAGUGAAGUUUGAAUGGAAUGAUGAAUGUGAAAGAAGCUUCCAGGAGUUGAAGAAUCAAUUAGUCUCAGCACCUAUUUUGACUAUUCCUGAUGAUAGUGGAGGUUUUACUAUUUAUAGUGAUGCCUCCAAGAAGGGAUUGGGUAGUGUUUUGAUGCAACAUGAUAAGGUGGUGGCUUAUGCUUCAAGACAGUUGAAACCAUAUGAGAAGAAUUACCCAACUCAUGAUUUAGAGCUUGCAGCAGUUGUUUUUGCCCUUAAGAUCUGGAGGCAUUACUUGUAUGGUGAAAAAUGUGAGAUCUUCACUGAUCAUAAAAGUCUAAAAUAUAUUUUCACACAAAAAGAGCUAAAUAUGAGGCAGAGGAGAUGGUUGGAGUUACUGAAGGAUUAUGACCUGACUAUUAGCUACCACCAAGGUAAGGCUAAUGUUGUAGCAGAUGCUUUAAGUAGGAAGGAUCAUGGUAACUUAGCCACUAUACUCACUUCUCAAAGGUGUAUUAUGGAAGAUUUGAUGAGAAUGGAUGUCAGAUUGCGAGUGUAUAGUCCAGAUACAUUCGUAGCUACUUUACAGGUCCAACCUACCUUGAUAGAGAAAAUCAAGACUACACAGUUAGAUGAUCCAUUUUUGCAAAAAAUGAGGCAUAAGGUGGAGUUAGGUGACUCAAAGUUGAAGCCAUUUAGGAUUCAUGAGGAUGGUAGUACUAAAAUGUAUAGAGAUCUGCGGGAGACUUUUUGGUGGAACAAUAUGAAGAGAGAAGUUCCUGAUUAUGUAGCUCAAUGUUUGACAUGUCAACAAGUCAAGGCUGAGCAUCAGAGGCCAGCAGGCAAGUUACAGCCACUUCCUAUUCCUGAAUGGAAAUGGGAGCAUAUCACCAUGGAUUUUGUCACUGGGUAUGCAGUUGGAAGGAUUUGCAAAGUUAUAUUUGAAAGAGAUAGUGAGGUUGCAUGGUGUACCGGUGUCUAUAGUGUCAGAUAGAGACUCCCGGUUUGUUUCUCAUUUUUGGGGAA